AUGGCUUUAUCCGGUCUAGAAGCACGUAACAUGGUAUUAGCUAAGAAUACACGAGAGAAGUUACUUGAACAUCAACGUAUUACACAAGGUAAAGUACGUACACGCUUUCCACCUGAACCAAAUGGUUAUUUACAUGUUGGUCAUGCAAAAUCAAUGAAUAUGAAUUUCAAUGAAGCGUUUGAAAAACUCAAUGUACCACUUGAGAAACGAGAGACUUAUUUUCGCUAUGAUGAUACGAAUCCAGAGGCUGAAAGCCAUGAAUACAUUCAUGCUAUUGCUGAUAAUGUACAUUGGCUAGGCUAUACACCUGCUAAAGUUACAUAUAGCAGUGAAUACUUUCAACAGCUUUAUGAACUUGCACUUCAGCUUAUUCAUAAGGGUAAAGCUUACGUGUGUCACCAAAGCAAAGCAGAGAUUGAGGCCUCACGCGUUGUACUGCAGCAAUUUCAUGCUACACCUGGUGUUAAAAAUGAAGACAAUGUGCUCGAGACGGGUAAAUCGCCCUACCGCUCACGCUCAAUCGCUGAGAACUUGACUGAAUUUGAAAAAAUGCGUCUUGGUUUAUACGGGGAGGGGGAAGCUUGUCUUCGAAUGAAGAUGGAUCUUGCUAGUCCAAAUCCCAAUAUGUGGGAUCACGUGGCCUAUCGCAUUAAAUUUGUGCCACAUCCGCACAUUGGAGACAAGUGGUGCAUCUAUCCAACCUAUGACUAUACGCACUGUAUUGUUGAUGCACUAGAGCAUAUUGACUACUCCAUCUGUACGCUCGAGUUUGAAACGCGUCGUGAAUCCUACUACUGGCUCCUAAAUGAGCUCGAUCUAUAUAAGCCCAACGUGUACGAGUUUGCCCGUCUAUCUAUGACCUAUACUGUGCUCAGUAAACGCAAACUGCUUAAGCUCGUCAUGUCCAAGACAGUGCGUGGCUGGGACGAUCCGCGCAUGGGCACACUCAAUGGCCUUCGUCGCCGCGGCUUCACGCCAGAGAUCAUUAAGCAGUUCUGCAAGGAGAUCGGUGUUACUCGCGUGCAAUCCACGAUCCAGAUCGAGCGGCUGUACUCCGUGGCUCGUAAUAUUCUUGGUGAGUCAUCAAAGCGUGUGAUGGCGGUGCUUGACCCCGUGGAGUUGAUCAUUGAGAAUUUCAAUGAUGUACCUGACAAGAGCUCGCUAUCAUUGCUCGUACCAGACUAUCCGCAAGACGUCGACCGCGACGGUGGCAAAGCGUACCACGAGGUACGACUUACACAGAAAAUAUUUCUUGACCGCACCGACGUGCGCACAGAAGACUCGAAGGACUUCUUUGGUGUGGCGCCGAAUAAGCAAGUGCGUCUGAAGUACGCGUUUCCUUUCACAUGCACGAAGCUAGAGACAGACGAUAGCGGACGCGUAAUCAAGGUGCGGGGUCAGAUGGACUGGACAAACUCGGCAAAAUCGAAGGGUGUGCUUUCGUGGGUGCCAGCAGACAGUCCAAAGGUAGAGGUACGUGUGUACUCGCACUUGUUCACAGUCCCGGAGCUACCGAGCGAUGUGAAGGACUGGGAGUCUUUUGUGGACUCGAAGAACUCGGAGCGCGUAUAUGCCUCUGCGCGCGUAGACCCGGAGUCGUUUGCCAAGAACAUGAGCAGUACUGUGCAGUUUGAGCGUAUUGGGUACUUUGUGCCGGACCAAGACUCGACAAAGGACAAGAAAGUGUUCAACCAGAUCGUUGCGCUUCGUGAAGGAGGUGGUGAAGUAGCCAGUCGUGAGACCGUGUCAGGCGUCAAUAGCAGCCGCAAGGACGUACAGAUGCAGCAGUUGGCGCUCAAGAUGGAAAAGAUGAAGCUGUCGCCGGCCGAAAUGUUUAAACAGCAGCCAGAAUUAUACGCGCAGUUUGAUGCUGAGGGAUUGCCGACACACAAUGCUGCAGGUGAGGAGCUGACCAAGAACCAGCGCAAAAAGCUCAAGAAGGAACAGGAGAAGCAGAAGAAAUUGCAUGAUGCUUACUUGGCCAAGGAGAAGGCAUAG